AGCAGUGGUAGAGGCUGUUCAUCGAUUGGACCUCAUCCUUGGUAAUAAGGCAGCGUAUCAAGAAGUGUUCAAGCCGGAGAACAUCAGCUUGAGGAACAAGCUGCGGGAGCUGUGUGUGAAGCUGAUGUUCUUGCAUCCAGUGGAUUAUGGAAGAAAAGCAGAAGAACUGCUCUGGAGAAAAGUUUACUAUGAAGUUAUCCAGCUCAUUAAAACAAAUAAAAAGCACAUUCACAGCCGUAGCACUCUGGAGUGUGCGUACCGGACUCACUUAGUUGCUGGCAUAGGAUUUUACCAGCACCUUCUCCUCUACAUUCAGUCUCACUAUCAGCUGGAGCUGCAGUGCUGUAUUGACUGGACGCACGUAACGGACCCUCUAAUAGGCUGCAAGAAACCUGUGUCUGCAUCGGAGAAGGAGAUGGAGUGGGCACAGAUGGCAUGUCACAGAUGUCUGGUUUAUCUGGGGGAUCUAGCUCGCUAUCAGAAUGAACUGGCAGGUGUGGACACAGAGUUGCUGGCUGAGCGGUUUUACUAUCAAGCCCUUUCUGUUGCACCACAAAUCGGCAUGCCCUUUAACCAGCUGGGGACAUUGGCAGGGAGCAAAUACUACAAUGUGGAAGCUACCUAUUGCUACUUGCGGUGUAUCCAGUCUGAAGUGUCCUUUGAAGGUGCCUAUGGGAACCUGAAGCGGCUGUAUGACAAAGCAGCCAAAAUGUAUCACCAGUUGAAGAAAUGUGAAACCAGGAAGUUGUCUCCAAGCAAGAAGCGAGGCAAAGACAUUAAGAGGUUGCUGGUGAGCUUUAUGUACCUGCAGAGUCUUUUGCAGCCAAAGAGCAGCUCUCUGGAUUCUGAGCUGACAUCUCUCUGCCAGUCUGUGCUGGAGGAUUUCAACCUGUGCUUGUUCUACCUGCCCUCUCCUCCUAAUCUGAGCUCAACUAGUGAAGAUGAAGAAGAGUAUGAGAGCGGCUACUCCUUCCUUCCUGAUCUCCUGAUCUUUCGCAUGGUGAUCAUCUGCCUUAUGAGCGUUCACAGCCUCAAGAGGGCAGGUUCAAAGCAGUAUAGUGCAGCCAUCGCGUUCACGCUGGCCCUCUUCUCUCACCUGAUAAAUCACGUCAAUAUUCGCCUGCAGGCAGAGCUAGAAGAAGGGGAAAAUCCGGUCCCAGCCUUUCAGAGUGAUGGCACAGAUGACCAGGAGCCACGGGAGCCAUUGAACUCGAUUGAGAAGGAAGCUGAAGCUGACUUGGCCAAUCACCAGCCCAGCGAGGAACAACGGAAAAAUGACUGCAAGAAAAGCAAGAAAUACUCCCGCCUCUCCUGUUUGCGCCGCCGCCGCCACCCCCAGAAGGUGGAUGAGAGUGACCUGAGCGAGGGCUUUGACUCUGACUCUAGCCAGGGCUCCACAAAGGGCAGCGAUGGCUCAGAAAGUGGCUCAGAGAAGAGUGACGAGGAAGCAGAAGCUGCUUUUGAUGUGGAGACGGACUCUGACAUGAACAGCCAAGAAUCUCGGUCCGACUUGGAGGACAUGGAGGAUGAGCCGGGUGAGGAGGGAAGCGGCCGAAGCAAAAGCGGGCCCAAAGAGGCCUUAAAAAACUGUGUGGAUGCGGUCAAUGGGCCAGCUUCCCUGAGCACAAAUGAUGCAAGCAUAGCCAGUAAUCUCCAGGCCAUGUCCACCCAGCUGUUUCAGACCAAACGCUGCUUUCGCUUGGCUCCCACUUUCAGCAACAUCCUUCUGAAACCGAACAGUGAACCACCUCUCUUGAAGGAUGGCAUAGAAAGCAAGCCAUGUGUCAAUGGAGAUCUGGAGAAGCCCAGCUUGGCAGAGCAAGAUGAUGUGUCUGACUCUGAGGAAAGCAUUUCAAGUAACAAAUCCUGCAGGAAUGAGCGGUCCCUUCAGGAGAAGCUAGAGAUCGUGACCAACGAAGGGCUGCUUCUCACUGUCAAGGUGUUCCUGGACUGGCUGAGGACAAACACGGACCUCAUCAUCAUGUGUGCUCAGAGCUCUCAGAGCCUGUGGAACAGGCUGUCUGUGCUCCUCAACCUUCUGCCUUCUGCUGCAGACCUGCAGGAAUCAGGGCUGGCCCUAUGUAACGAAGUCAAGGAUGUUCUGAGUGGCGCUGAGCUCCCAGACCUGAAAGCCAACUUGCUGCUCCCAGAAGAUGUGGCCCUGCGAAAUCUUCCCCCUCUGAAAAAUGCACACAAGAGGUUUAACUUUGAGCAGGACCGACCCAUUUUCUCAGCAGUUGAGGAGUCUGUUGUUCGGAUUUGCUGCAUUCGGAGCUUUGGCCACUUCAUUACCCACUUGCAAGGCAGCAUCCUGCAGUUCAACUCGGAGCUUGGGAUCUUCAUCAGCAUAGCACAGUCAGAGCAAGACAACUUGCUGCACCAGGCCCAAGCCCAGUUUCACAUGGCUGCAGAGGAAGCUCGUCGGAACAGGCUAAUGAGAGAUAUGGCUCAGCUUCGACUGCAGCUGGAGGUUUCUCAGCUGGAGGGCAGUCUCCAGCAGCCCAAAGCGCAGUCAGCCAUGUCUCCUUAUCUUGUCCCGGACACCCAGGCCCUCUGCCAGCACCUGGCUGUUGUCAAGCAGCUGGCCACCAGUGGGAGGUUCAUAAUCAUCAUCCCUCGAACAGUGAUUGAUGGCUUAGACUUCCUGAAAAAGGAGAACGCAGGUGCUCGGGACAGCAUCCGGUAUCUGGAGGCAGAAUUUAAAAAGGGAAACAGGUACAUUCGUUGCCAGAAAGAUGUUGGGAAGAGCUUUGAGAGGCAUAAAUUGAAGAGACAAGAUUUAGAUGCCUGGAAUCUCUAUAAAAUACUGGACAGCUGUAAACAACUGACGGUGUCCCAAGGAAGCGGAGAGGACGACACCACAGGAAUGGUCACCAUCAUCACGGGCUUCCAGCUGGAGGACCCAAGCACGUUCUCAGCACCCAUGCAGUCUGCCAUCCAGGCAGCCGCCAAUGCCAGCGUAGAAAUAAAAAAUGUUCUGGAGUUCUACAAGCAGUGGAAAGAGAUGGGCUGA